CCCCGAUCUCUGCUCAGAUCCCGAUGACUUAUCCGGCCGUUAUAGUUUUGCUUGGAGUUCGAUAGUUGUGAAACGCCUCCACAGGGCUUUAUCAUUUUGAGGUAACCACUUGUGAUGGACGGAUCUAGUUCGUUUGAAAUGAAUGGGUCCAUCGCUAUGGAGGCUCCUCAGACCCGUGUACCCGAUUUGGAACGUAUUCGAAACGCCCGAAACAAGCGAAAAUUGCAACUCAAAGAUUGGCACCAAUAUGACCGAAAAAUGAUGCGAGAGGCCGAGAAAUUACAACGCAAGGGAUUAAGUCCACCGUCUGAACGGGGAUUUCAUCGUGCAGGGCAUUCAGUCAAAUUUCCUCCCAGUCUCAUAUUUCUGGAAGCCGCUGCACGUGGAGAUCUUGAUGAAGUCAGAAAAUUGCUUAGCAACGGUGUUUGUCCCGAUGUGGCAAACGAAGAUGGACUGACCGCCCUUCAUCAGUGCUGUAUAGACAAUACUCCAGAAAUGUGUCGGCUUCUGCUUCGAUUCGGUGCCAACCCAAAUGCACGAGAUUCCGAAGGCUGGACUCCACUACAUGCAGCUGCUACCUGCCAUCAUACGGAUUUGUGUGCCAUUCUAAUCGCAAACGGCGCGGAUCUCCUUGCGAUGAACACGGACGGUAAUAUGCCAUACGAAUGUUGCGUAGCUGGACCCACACUCAACCUGAUUGAAACCGAAAUGGAUCGGAGAGGUAUCACGCAAGAAGAACUGGAUGAUCUGCAUCGUCUGCCGGAAUGCAAAAUGUUGGCCGAUAUGGAGGAAAUGUACAAAGCUGGUGCGGACUUUAAUCAACUUGACCAACAAGGCGCUGCUAUGCUUCACAUUGCAGCAGCUUGUGGAUAUGAAGAAGUGACCAUAUUUUUACUGAAACACGGUGCCAAAAUAGACUUAACCGACCGGGAUGGCUGGCAAGCGAUUCACAUUGCCGCCUGCUGGGAUCAUUUGGAAAUAAUUGAGGUUCUGGUCAAUUUUGGAGCCGAUAUAAUGGCUGAGACAACGUCUGGAGAAACUGUGUUUGAUAUUUGCGAGGACUUGGAGAUUCAUUCCCGUCUGAUCGAAUUGAAGCAGGAAAUGGAAAGAAAACAGUCCCAACAACUCGACUCACUGAGUCGAACAGAGCGACCUCGAGAGCUUGUUCGUCGACGAAGUAGCACAAACCCCAGAAGUGCAUCCAUCCGCCGAACAAGCAUGCGCGAGAAGAAGAUGAUUUCCUGGAAGGAAGCAAAACAAGAAGCAGAAAUGCGUGGCAUCACUCCAAUCAACCUGAUUGAGGGCGAAACCCCGGAAAGCGAUGCCGAACAGGUUAAACGUCAGCAACAAGGGCCAAUCCAACUACCGGUAGAUGCUAAUUUCGAGCGACGUGUGACAAGUCCGUUAACUGUCAGCAUAUCCAACGAUAAGGGCAAACCGAAUGCAACGUCGUCUGCAAUUCGUAGUCCUUCGCCCUCAGGCCAACCGUCAUCAGCCGGAUCUGUUAGUUCCCCCCAAACCAAGCCCGCCACUGCGCUCACUUCUCCUCUUCCUCCUGGUCCCGGGCGGCUUUCAAACGGCGUCACCUCUCCUGUAUCAGGGCUACCACCGUCGAGGACACAGGAUAGAAAUUCUGCUAGGCCUCAAAGAUCAGACAAGGCAUUGAAGACUGCGGAACCAAAUGGAACUGACUUGACAAGAAAAGAGAGAGAGGAAAAAGAGUCCGGAAGCACUAGACGACUUUCUUCGAAACCAGAAUUGCCGAACAAUGCAGUGCCAUCCCUCCAAACGCGUUCCACACAGAAACAGUAUUUGACCAUGGAUGUUCAGUCUACGGGAAGUGUUAGCCCCGUAUCCAGGUCUCGCCCCCGCCAACCUACCGAUAGGUAUACCAACCUCGCCGUCACCAACGGCACUAGUGGAGGGGCUAGCAGAAAUCGCGAUUUGAACGUCAUUGCUCCAUCCCCUCAGGCUACCCGCCGGUCUACCAGCUCUUUAGGCAGAAAGAAAGUGCCUGAGCAAAUAAAUAUUAAACCUGAAUUAAACUUGUCAGCUCACAAUGCCUACAUGAUGCCACCCCCCUCAACACCGCAUCCCUCAACCUCGGAAGUAACGAACAGGAACACAACAAGCAGCCUACCUCGAUCUCACCUGACCAGAAAUAUAUCGGGGCAUCAGCCUACACGUACUGUUGGUCCGGUUCCCCGAAAGAACACCAAAGAACUCAUUGUUUAUGAUUCCGAUCCCAGAAACAGUGGAAAAUGCUGUGUUCUCAUGUGAUAUUGCACGGACAACGCUCAUCUUCCUUCCUGUCUGUCUUCAGGCGCCAACUUUCACAUUUUGCCUGUGAUCAGUGUUUCGUUGAAUGGAACAGAAAAAAAGCGUGUACCCCUACUGACAGUUCACUUUCCGUUAUGCUUUCGGUCUGCUUUCUUCCCGAUAACUGCCAAUUAUGUUCAGCUCCUGCAGAUCACCUCAAAGCGCUAUGAUCGGAUGGUACUUUCGGACAAUCAUUCCGUUUUUCGAUUGUGUAACAUCUCAAUCUCUGGUUAGUUGUGCUCUGAAACACAUCUAACUCAAACCUCAAACUUGUACAGGCAUUGAAGUAGACUCGUGUGUACUCAGUCACGGUACAUUUAGGGACUGAAUCGCUUUUGUUUUUGCCAAGAAGAAACUCUGUGUACUUUCUACUUUCCGACCAUCCACAUUAUCCAAAAACCGAUGUAAUCUUUGUGUACUUUAUCUGGUCAUGUCUUCAACAAAUGUUUUUUAUUUUUUCAUGAUCCUUGUAUUUUGUUGAUUUAAUUAGCCAUGAGCUGGGGAAGCGAGUGAGGGACUGAAAAAGUGCUUUUUUGUUCAAGCAUAUCUAUGCUAUGGAUACCAACCUGUUGCGGUGAUUUUCAGAUAUUUUGAGCAGAGCAAACCUAACCCAAC